AUGGAGGAAAUGUUAUGGGUAUGUUCCUUAUCUCUACCACGAUUUUACUAUAUACAUUAUUUUUUUUAUUUUUUUCUUAUUUCCUCCUCUUCUUUCAGCAAGCAUGUCUGCUGAUUUGGCUAGCCUCAGCCGUCGCAGCAGCACUGCUAUGUCAGUGCGGUAAGAAGAAGGCCAAAGCGCCGCCGGCUCCUCCAACUGGAGCUGGAAGUAAAAACGCCUCAAAAGGAAGCACCAGCUCGAAUGUGAAGCCAAUGGAAGGUGGCUCGAAAAUGGCUGCCCCAGGUCGGUGUUUGGAGUAUUUUAAGGCGGAAGUUCUGGGAUUGCUUUUGCAGAAUUUUGAGAAUUUUUUGACGAAAUAAUUUUUUGACUUCCAGCGACAAAGAAGGCCGAGCCUGAAGAGAAAUCCAAGUUAAAGAAGUCAGUGGCCAAACCUCUUGAGGUAUAUGAUUUUACAAUGUUUACUAGUCGUCAUUUUCCCCCCUUGAAAAAUCUUCUAAUUUCCAUUUCAGGCCGAUUUCAACUCCCAGAAGAAGAAGCUUAUUGAAGCGAAAUUGGAGAAGGAGAGACAGGAGAAGAUCGAGAAAGGCUUCUUCCAGUCCAGGUCGGACGAGGAUGACACAUUAGAGAAGGUGGACAGUUGCAAAUCGGAAAAGACCGAUGAGGGAAAUUCCUCCAAAAAGAAGAGCUCCAAGAAGGGAAAAAGUAGAGAAAAAAGAAAGAAAGUCUGA